AUGCCACACAUUGCUGAAAUAUCCCUGGAGGAAGCAGUUCAUAUGACCAAUCAAGAAUCCGGAAUGGGUGUCAGGGAGGAUCUGAAGAAAAUACGCUGUGCUGUGGUUUUUUGCUUGCUGUCUGUUCUAGUCCUGGCAUUACCCACAACCUAUCUGCUGGUUGGAAAUCUCAGAGCCCAUAAAUCUGGCCCGGCUCAGGUUGCAGAUGAAAGCAUGUCUAGAUUCCUAAAGCAACAGACAUCACCUAUUUCUUUAGUAUCCAGUGCAGGAAAGCCAAGAGCACACCUGACAGUUAAGAAACAAGAUAUUUCUCCCCCGAUGGGAAACCAGUUGCCAGUUCUCCAGUGGGAACACGAGCGAGGCUUAGCCUUCACCAAGAACAACAUGAACUACACCAACAAGUCACUGAUGAUUCCAAAGGCCGGGGAUUACUACAUCUACUCUCAGGUCACUUUCCGAGGGCCCACUCCAAAUCACAGUAAACCAGUUUCCAUAACGCAGACCAUCACCAAAGUCACGGACAGCUACCCUGAGCCUACCCAACUACUGACUGCCACCAAGACUCUGUGUGAGAUGGGAAACAACUGGUUCCAGCCUAUUUACUUAGGGGCAGUGCUUUUCAUGGAGGAGGGGGACAGGCUGAUGGUCAAUGUUAGUGAAAUCCAAUGGGUGGAUUACACUAAAGAAGACAAAACAUUCUUUGGUGCUUUUUUACUGUAG